UCCAGAACAUUCUGAAGAAGACGGAGGAGAACUCUGAGAGAGAGACGACCGCCAUCCAAGCCCACGGGGAGUUGGAGCGGAUUGUCAGAGAAUGCAAUGAGGGAGUGAGGAAAAUGGGGCGUACUGAAGAGCUGAUCAGCCUCGAGAAAACCCUCGAGUUCAAGUCAAAGUCAGUGCCGGUCAUCUCUCACUCCCGCUGGCUCCUGAAGAAGGGCCCUCUGCUGCAGAUGUCGGGGCCUAAGAGCACUAGGACCCUGAAGACCAGGAAGCUCUACACGCCCCUCUACCUCUUCCUCUUCAACAACCUGCUGCUCGUCACCAAGCCCAGUGGCGAUCGGUUCCAGGUGCUUGACUCGUGCAGUCGCUCCAUGCUGCGCACUGAAGACCUGGAGGAUCAGGGUCAGACUCUGGCCCACGCCUUCAACCUGCGUCUGAUGGAGAACCAGGAGGACAGGACCGUCAGCUACCUGCUCAAGGCCGGCAGCAUGAGUGAUAAACUGAGGUGGAUGUGUGCUCUCACACCAAAUCGACGCACACGUUUCCUUUCAACCAGCGCCCAUCAACCAGAUGCCCCCCAGGUCCAGUGUAUCCAGUCCUACUCUGCCCAGGGUCCUGAUGAGCUCUCUAUUGAGAUGGCUGACGUGCUGCACAUCCUUGAGAAAACAGACGAUGGUUGGAUGAUGGGAGAGCGUCUCCAUGACAGCGAGCGGGGCUGGUUUCCGUGGCGGGUCGUCGAGGAGAUCCAGAGUGCAGAUCUCCGUGCGCAGAACCUCCGAGUGUGUCAGCGCAUUCAGCAGGCUCAGGGGACCCGCGGGCGACACACACACUCACGCUCACACACACACUCACACUCACACACACUGUCACACUCACACACAGUGACUGGCACCUUCUAA